GUGAGGGCCGAAGUGCAUCGUACUAUGCGUUGCAUUGCUGUCGAAAAUGGCGUCGAGCUCGGAGCUGCUGGAAUAUUCGUCCCCGGUGAAGCGUCGUAAGGUCGACGGCGGCGGCGGUCACGGGAGCAUCAGCGCGACGCUGGCGGAUCCGCAGCCCGGCGAGACCCCGCGCGACAGCCCGCACGACGAUCUCGAAGAAGCACUUGGUACAGACAGUGGAUUUAACGAACUGAGUGAUGAAUCUAAAUCAGCUUCCAUAUCUCCUGCAGCCUCGAGUUCAAUAUCGCCACCAUCACGGGUUGAUUCCACCAGUAAUGAUACUGGUUGCCCGAUUGAUACUGCAGAUGAGAAGGAUGAAAUCUCCUCCACUGUCUCACACCUGUCGGAUUUAUCAGGAUUGUCCGAUCUCUCUGGAGAAGCAGAAGUCAGUCAUCAGUGGAGAAAUGCUUCUUCAUGGAUUCAGAAACAGAUGUUGACGGGUACCGAUCCUAGGGAUCUCCUACACCAUCUCCUCAUGGACUCCACACAGAUUCCUGAACAAGUUGACGAUCUCACAUUAUGGAAGAUUAUAAUCAAUAUGAUGUCCGAGCCUCCAAGGCGGCAAAAGCUCAAACACAUAAAUACCUUGUCUGAUGUGGUACGAUUAAUUCGGAAUAGUAAAAAAAUUAUAGUAUUGACUGGCGCGGGCGUUAGUGUCAGCUGCGGUAUUCCUGAUUUUAGAAGUAGAGAUGGUAUUUAUUCAAGACUGGCACAGGAUUUUCCAGACUUACCAGAUCCACAGGCUAUGUUUGACAUUAAUUAUUUUAGUCAAGAUCCCAGACCAUUUUACAAAUUUGCUCGCGAAAUAUAUCCAGGACAGUUUAAACCUAGCCCUUGUCAUAGGUUCAUCAAAAUGUUAGACACACAGAAAAAACUCUUGAGAAACUAUUCACAAAAUAUUGACACUUUGGAGCAGGUCGCCGGUAUCGAAAAUGUGAUUGAAUGCCAUGGUUCUUUCGCUACCGCGUCGUGUACAAGCUGUAAAUAUCAAGUCAGAGCGAACGACAUCAGGGAGGAUAUCUUCGCCCAAAGGAUACCCACGUGUCCGAGAUGCCGUGUCAACGCAUUGCCCUCUUUGUCCGAAGUAAACUGCAGCGAAAACUACAGAGAUCUGGUGUCGCAAGGUAUAAUGAAGCCAGAUAUCGUCUUCUUCGGCGAAGGACUGCCAGAUACUUUCCAUGAUGCGAUGGCCAAAGACAAGGACGAUUGUGAUCUUCUAAUCGUUAUCGGUUCAUCCUUGAAGGUUCGGCCGGUAGCUCUAAUUCCUUCAUCCAUUCCGUCGCAUGUACCGCAGGUUCUCAUUAACCGAGAACCAUUACCACAUCUCAAGUUUGACGUUGAACUAUUAGGAGAUGGUGACAUUAUUAUAAAUCAAAUAUGUCAUUUGAUGGGCGAUACUUACAAAGAAGUCUGUUGGUACGACAAAAUUCUGAAGGAAGUUCCACAACUUUUGCCAUUGAGAUGUCUAUCUGAUGACACCUGGGAACAGAGUCAAGACACGACAAGUAAUACCGAAGUCUCGCGCGAUAGCGUGGAAGUCGAUUUGAAAUCUCACAAUGUACCCUCGAGUGAAAAUCAGGAUAGCCUCUCAAUCAUUACGAGUGCAAUGACGCACCAUACAAACGAUAUCAAUGUUUGUGUGUCAUCUUUGCAUGGUGAUCAUGUUCAGGCGAAAGAUCCAGAAGAGAGCUUCAAUCUUUUAGGAGAAAGUCCGAAAAGACGAUCGGGUGAUACUAGUAUAGAGAACAGUCCCAAGAGGAUGAAUUUUGGUAGCGGACGUGAGACAGAAGUUGUGAGUUCCACAUCACCAGUGAAAGUAAAUGCCAAACACACGAUGAUCUCGUCGAAAAACAAACUUCACAUUACAUCCGCGAAAUCGAAAUCUGAAAAUAAUUUGGAGGAAUGCCAGGUGGUGCCGACAAUAUUAUCCCUUUCCUCAGAAGCUGUAAUAAGCGAAAACACUUUGGAGUCUCACAAAUUGCUAAACAAGUGUGAGAAAUCAAAUAAAUAUGAUGAUGCCACAAAUCUAGCUGACGCUACCGAGUCAGACAAAACAAUAUCGAAACCGAGGCAAGCGUCGGUGGAUUCCGUAUUGGAUUCCGGCAUAGGCGACAGUUGUAAUAGUAUCGAUAGCGCGGAAGAAAAGUUCGAUAUAGCUGAAUUGAAGAAUAGAAGAUUGGAGAGACGCUGCUGGCAACCAAAGAUUCGGGAAAGUCUCGCAACUAGACUACCAGAAAAUUCUUAUUACCAAUUGGCAUCGGGCAGAUACAUUUUCCCUGGCGCGGAAGUCUAUUCCGAACCUGAGCAAUACGAUCAAUGUUCCCUUUCGGCACACUCUGAGAGCACAGACAGUGACAGCGAUUCGUCUUCUGGAGAAGAAGAAGAUGAUGAGGAAGAGACAGGCGCGGAUGAUGACCUGUCAGAGGACGCAAAUGCCGAUGUUGACACUAACGGUCAAAAUAAUGACGCAAAGUGGACGAGUAAUUCUUAUACCUGUACGCAACAUUAAAUUGAAAUUGCGCUCCGGCAUAGCGAAUAAUUUUGAUGUUUUAUCGAUUUUUAUCAGGAUUUGUUGCGAUCAUCCGUAUAGAAUCAUAAGUAUAAAACGUGCAAUUUUUCAGUUAUAAAGCAAAGUAAGAUAUUCUAAUAUAAAUCAUAUAUUAUUAACGAAUAAGAAAUAGUUACGCAAGAUUUUAUUAGCAGAAAUUUGGUAAUGCGUGUGUGCCAUAAAACAUACGCACACACAGUGUUUAGAAUCGGGAUGUCUUUUUUUUUAUUUUUUUUUCUUUUAUUUUAAUAUUUCACCUUUGGAUAGCACAAAUUGAGAGAUCUACUUGUACACAAUUCCAUAUUUUCUUCUGUAUAUUUUCUUUCUUUUUUUUAUGGUAAUUUUUUGUAAUGCUCACGAUAAUGUACAUAAGGUAUUAUAACUCUGUACGCAGAAUGUUAUCACCCUCCUAGAUUCGCAUUUUAAUGUCACAACUGACGUGUCCACGAUCCUUAUAAUCAAUAUGAAGAUUAUAGGGAAACAAGCAAGAUUGCUUUUAGCUUAUCGCGCUAUCCGUAAUUAUUUCUCUCUUCUCUAUUUAUAUUUAACUGUGUUUCAAGACCGACAAAUAUUGCGGCGCGCAGUUUAAACGUGGUUAAAUAUUGUAAAAAUUAAUACGCAACAACACCUGUGUCGGCUCGAUAGGCAUUACUUCAAUAUAUUUGAUCUAUCUGUUUAGAUAGAGAAGAGAUAUUUAGAUAGAAAUAUCUUUAAAUAAUCUAUUUAAUCUACUUUGUGUGUGUAAAAUGUAUAUAAUUGGACUUUCAGCACGUCUCUCCUUAUUGCAAAAACGAUAAAAUGAGAGUGAAACAUUAGAAGGAAUUAUAUAUUAUGUUCUAAUUAAUUGAUAAUGUAAAUACGAGAUUAAUUGUAAACGUAAUUAAAACGGAAUAAUAAUACUCGCGGCUCGUUACGUCUAAUGUGAAAUGAAGUUGUGUUCAAGCAGUGGAUGCGGGUCUAUUAUCUUUAACUGCACGAUCUUCUGCGUUCAAUCAGAUAUGUACGCUUGGUCGAACGAAAUGCAGAGUGUUAUAAGAUGCAACGUGAAAUUGAUGGAUUCCAUUGAUGCAUUCUGUGAAAAUGAUUUACGAUAUUAUUUUAUUAUCCAGAAUGAAUGUAGCACACUUUCACACACAUAACACGGACGAUGUCGGGGAGAUGUUAAUCUAUAGAGUUUAGAUGCCGAAUAGUUUCUUUGCGAUUCUUAUUACAGAUUGACGAUGGUAGAGAGAUAACAUUUUGCCUAAUGGCUAAGCAACAUCCGGACAAAGUAUUGGCACUGCUAGAUUAAUUAAGAAUUAGCGCUAAUUAAUAAUUAAGCACCGAUGUUAUUAGUUCUAUUAUUACUCGCAUCGCUAUUUCUGUUGCAAGAGAAUCGCUAGUCUUCUUUAAUUACAAAUUUGAAGAAGGAUCUAUAAAUAAUUACACACAUCGUGCUUUUAUCGGAUAGAAUUAUUCUUUUUUUUAAAUACGCAAUUUUGUUACGAAAUAAAUUUGCAAGGAUUAUUGUAUAGUACAAUCAGACCGGACCUUAUCGAUAGAUAAGAAAAUAGCCUCUUAUGAAACCUUUGUUGGUCCGUAUCGGCAAUUGCAUUCACAUUCUACAUUAAGUUUUAUAUUAAUAGCUUUUCUCGUCUCAAUAGUACGGAUAAUCGUCAUAGUUUGGCAAUGAACACUCUCUUUAGAUUUGUUAAGUUCAACUUUGUUUCAUUGGAGCACGGGCGAAUGUACAAAGCAAUGUUGGAUAGCUUCGCAUUGCGUGUUAUUUUUAUAUGAGCCAGAGGAAAGAUAGAAUAGCGAAUUUACAAGAUUAAUACAAAAUGACGCAAUAAUCUUUGACGAGCUGUCGUUAAUAACAACCGUUUUGUCGCAGAGGUCUAACAGAAUUGUAUGAAAGAAAGGUGUACCAGUGAAAGAUUAUAUUGAAAAAAGAAAGUGCGUGGGAAAAGAGCACGGGCGCGAGCUUGCCAAGUAUUUUGUAUGAAUGUGAAAGAAGAACAGUUCUGUCAAAGUUAUUAUUGCAACGUAUAUCUGUAAGAAAUGAAAAACGGUUGUGUGCAAGUUUAUUUUACAUAAUUAAAAUGGACGUAAACUUACUUUGAUUCAAUGCAAUCGCAUUGUGUGAGUAAUGUUUGAAAUAAUUGCAAGUGUGAGAUGUAUGAAAAAAUGUGUACAUACAUAUAUAUAUAUCUAUAUCUAUAUAUGUAUAUACAUCCGAGAAAGAGAGAAAGGGAGAAAGCGAGCGAGAGGAAUUAAUGAAUCGUAGACUAAGUAAACAGAUAUGUAAUACACUUCUAUCACGCGACGUAAGAGAUUUUAUUUUUCAUUAUUUCGCUAUGUAAGAGAGACAAGUUCUGUGGAAGAGCCAUCUCGCUAUAGAGACGACUCGGCUAUGGAGGACUCGGCUGCCACCCACGAAAUAGUGUUUUGUUCCUUACAGUAGGAGACAGUUUUAUAAGAUUAGACUAUGAGAAGAUUAUCAUCCGCUUUGUACAAAAGCUUUAUUUAUCAUUUAUAAUUUUGCUGGAUAACAGGAGGCGGAUUAGAUAUUAUUUCGUGGAUCAUCCUUUCGUUUAUUUAUUUCAUACACAUAUGUAUGUAUUUGCGAGUGUAUAUAUGCAUACACCACGUAGUCGUCGGAGUGAACGUUUAGUUUCCUGAUAUCACUUGCAUGCGAUUUCACAAAUCCUUGGGAAUUUGGACUCUCUGUGAUCGACUAGAUACGGGAUACGUAUGAUUGUCCAUCAGAUGAAUUUAUUUCUUAAAUUGUAUUGCGUCAUGAUUGUCGUCCUACUACGACGAAUCAAUUUCUUGAUUUCCUUUUCCACGUUUUUUCUACUUACUUAUUUUACUUAUGCGCCGGCUACUUAAAGAGGAGUCUAAUAUUGUAUAAUCACGAAGCAUGUCAAUCGAUCGUCAUGUAAUUAUAUAUUUAUUUUAUACGAAUAUAUUUUUUUAUAUAUA